AUGAUAAAUUGCACUCAUCAUUUUAAAAAUCCGAUCACUUUGAUAUGUGUGGCUCCUCACAAGUGCUAAUGCAAAAGGAAACUUUGUGUAAAAUGCCAAUAUGAACAUGGAGUGGAUUUGAAAUAUACCAUUCCAAUUGAAAUAUAUUAAGAAAAGGCUAUCAAUAAAUUAAAAGACUCAAAGCUUAAUGAUAUAUCUGAACUAACUAACUAAAGAAUGGCCUUUAAAGCCUUGCUCACUCAAACUGAAUAAAUGAUGAAGAAAAUUUGGGAAGAAUUGUCACAAUCUAUCAAAUAAGUAUACGAUUAGAUUGAAAAGGAAAACUAAUCAUACUUAAACCUAAUCAAUAAAGAGACAAAUCUAGCUGAAUCCUCUUACACUGAUAUAGAAAAAUUAGUAAACAUUGUAGAAGGAUCAACUUUAAACGAUUGGAAUGCUGAGAAGAGUUCUUAAAUGAAAGAAUUAGAGUAGACCAUGAGUUGGUGGGACUAACAUAUAACAUCUUUUAUUGAAUAGUCUAACUAAGGUAUUCAAUAGAUCCAAUCAUUAAUUAAGUAAGCAUUAUAAAUCUUAUCUCUAGGGAAGAUGAAGAAGAAGUUUAUUAAAUGAAGUAAGAUCUUUAUGAGAUGCUAAUCUACAUCCAGGAUAUAGAUGAAUCUUUCUAUUAGAAGAUUCUUGAUAUAGUUAGAAAAGAGAAAGUUUCAGACAUUAUUGGAUUCCUGUCGAAGACAAACAAUCAUCAGUUUUAUGAAUCUUUAAUC